AUGAUGAGUUCUAGUAAUGGAGAAGAGUUCUCUGCGGCGGAAGACCUUCGCCAGUUCGUCAAAGAGCUCGAGGAUGAAAACGACCUUGUCACCAUCACUAAAGAAGUCGAUCCUCACCUGGAACUCGCUGCAAUUACCCGAAAGGUCUACGAGACCGAGGACAAGGCUCCAAUUUUUGCCAACAUUAAGGGCCGGCAAGGAACUGGACUCUUCCGCAUCCUUGGAGCCCCCGUUGGUUUGAGUCGUAAUCCAGGACGCAGGUUCGGACGUAUUGCAAAGUCCCUCGCACUACCCUCCACUGCAAGUGGCGAGGAAAUCAUCGACAGAAUCAACGAAUGCAAAACAAGAUCGCCGCUGCCUCCGAUCGAAGUCUCCUUUGAUCAAGCACCCGUUAAACAGCACAAGCUCUUUGGAGAUGAAAUUGAUCUAGAGGCUUUACCAGUUCCUCUUCUUCAUGAUGCAGACGGGGGCAAGUUCUUGCAGACCUUUGGCAUGUACAUUGUGAAGACACCCGACGGACGAUGGGCCAACUGGUCGAUUACCCGAGGAAUGGUCCAUGACAAACGUCACAUUGUUGGACCAAUUAUUCCAAAGCAGGAUAUUGGCGUGAUCUGGCAAAUGUGGAAAGACAAGGGAGAAGAAAUGCCGUUCGCACUCUGCUUCGGUGUUCCUCCUGCGGCGAUCAUGGUUAGUGGAAUGCCGAUACCAAAGGGAACGGAUGAAUCUGGCUUUGUGGGUGCUCUAUCUGGCAAGCCUGUGAAGGUGGUAAAGUGUGAAACCAAUGAUAUCCAUGUUCCAAUGAACGCCGAAAUUGUUUUUGAGGGUGUGGUAUCCUCCACUGAAGUCGGCCCUGAGGGCCCAAUGAUGGAGUAUCAUGGCAUGGUGUUCCCCGGUGAAGCCAAGAGCAAGCCUCUCUGGAAAGUGAAUGCCAUCACCUACAGAGACGAUCCGAUUUUGCCUAUCUGCGUGACUGGCAGAGCCACAGACGAAAGCCAUACUGUCUGGGCCAUCAUGAUAGCCGCCGAGGUCUUGAACAUCUGUCAAGCUGCAGGCCUACCCAUUAAAAUGGUUUGGUGUCCCUUUGAAUCCCAUUGCAUCUGGUUCGUUCUGCAGGUCGACUGCAAGAAGCUGAAAGACUUGAAAACAAAUAUUCCAGAAUUCAGCAAAAGGGUCGGCCAUACUGUCUUCGCUUCGAAGCCUGGUUGGUAUAUUCCGAAGAUAUUCCUUGUCGGUGACGACGUCAACCCAACAGACCUUCGAGAUAUCAUCUGGGCUGAGGCUACACGCUGCCAGCCACUCACUAAUGAGUUCUUCUUCCAUGAAUAUGGAGUCAUUCCCUUGGUUCCGUAUGUUGGAUACGGUCUCACUCCCGAAUAUGAGAACUGCCCUAAAGUUGUGCGCUGCUGUAUGUUUCCUUUCGAGUUUGAAGAAGAGGAGAAAAGGUGGAAGGAGGGUUCUUUCCGAGGAUCAUAUCCUGCUGAAGUUCAGGAUAAGGUGACGCGUGACUGGAAAGCAUAUGGAUUUGAGCAUGAAUAG